AAUCUAAACAAAAAAUGAGUUUCACUAUAUUUAGAUUCGAUUGGGUUCGAAUCCAGCCAUGAUCUAAAUAAGUAUGGGUGAGAACAUAUUUGGUAACAAAAAGGAAAAGAGUUGUAAGUUGGAUGGCAGAUCCAGGAACGGGGACGAAGAGGAGAAAAAUGGGAGAAAGAAAAGAGGCAAAAAAUACCAAGAAAUCAGCAGCAACAAAAUGGCCUAAUAUCAAACCCAAACAAAACCUUCAAAUUACUCGUCUCAAAGACACAGAUCUCUUCACUGUGAAAAAUUUCUUCACAUCUGCUGAAUCAAAGGCUUUUAUUAAAGCUUCUGAAUCAAUGGGUUUUGCUCAUCAAGGAAGUCUUGGUCCAUUAAAAGGUGAAGCUUAUAGAGAUAAUGAUCGAAUAUCUGUGAAUGAUCCUGUUCUUGCGGAUACAAUAUGGGAGUCUGGAAUUAGCAAGUUAUUUACUGAUAUUAAAAUCCGGGGGAAGAUUGCUGUUGGCUUGAAUCCAAAUAUAAGAUUCUACAGGUACAAGGUAGGUCAACGUUUUGGAAAGCAUAUUGAUGAAAGUGUCAGUCUUGGAGAUGGAAAGCGCACACAUUAUACUUUGCUAAUAUAUUUGAGUGGUGGUGUUAAAGCCAAGGCUAAAACUGAUCCCAGUGACCCCAAUGAUUCUUCCUUGGAGCCUUUAGUUGGAGGAGAGACUGUCUUCUAUGGUUCAAGGAAUAAUCUUGUGGCUGAGGUGGCUCCUACUGAAGGAAUGGCUCUCUUACACAUUCAUGGUGACAAGUGUAUGUUGCAUGAAGCCCAAAAUGUGAGUAAGGGUGUUAAGUAUGUGUUUCGUUCAGAUGUAGUUUUUGCUUGAAGACCUGUUGUUACUAAAUCAAGCAGGCCUGGCAUUCGAUUAUGUUCAACUGUAAUGCGAAAUGGUGCUGCUCAGGGUAAUUCCAGUUUGGCAAUGUUGAACUUGGGCAACUCAACAAGAAGAUGCCAACCAAUUAUAAAAUCCCAUGUCGAAUUGGUACCGAACAAAGACUUGAUUGUUCAUGCAGAUGCUUUGUUGCCCAACAACAGUAAUUAUUCAACAUACUGUGUCACAGUGCUGUGUUGUGCUCAAAUGUGCAAAUAGAACUUCACCAUAUUUUUUUAUGCAAAGGGCUAUUUUUCACCCAA